AUGCAAAUACAGCAAAUUAUUCUUGUUUUGAUUAUUUUACCAUUGAUAACUGAAAGUUUUACUUGGUUUCAUCAUCAAAGACAUGUAAAACGAGCAACGACAGAUGAAUGUUGUGUUUCAUCUAAAUUAAACGUUGCCGCUAAAAAAGCGAAUAGUGGUCGAGAUUUUUUUCGACGAUUAUCAACAGAAGAUGAUUCAUAUAAACUUAUUACACCCACAAAUAUGUGUAAUUUAAUGCAUUAUUUUAUUCAACAAGCAUCACUUAAUAAUAAGUCAAUUUCAUUUACGAAAGGUAUGUUUGUUAUAUUUGAUUCAAUAAAUAAAAUAUUUGAACGAUUCAUGAAAGCAAAAGCUGAACAAAAAGAAGGUGAUGGAGCACAGCAUGCAGGUUAUUUUAAACGUUUAAAACAUAUGGGUAGUCAAGCUAUUCAUGCAUUAACUAAAAAUGCAAAAAAAUCAGAAUCAAAAUCAAAACUUAUUGAAUCGGAUACAUUUAUUUAUGUUCGUGGUGAUGAAAGUUCACAUUAUCAUGGUGAACGUGGUUCUAAAGGAGAUCGUGCACGUGAUUAUCCUGCAUAUGGUAUGGAUAUUCCUGGAGCUUGUAUGCCUAGUGGUUUUGGUCAUAUAUUAUUUGGUGAACUUCCACAAGUUCGUAGCGAUGGUAAAUAUACCGGUGGACGUGUUUAUAUAAAACCUGAAUUUUUCGGUAUUCGAGAAUUAAAACAUUUUAUUAAACAUACUCAAUCUUAUUUUUCACACGUAUCAAGAAAGUAUGUAUGCCAAUUAAAAGAUAUGCAAACAAAGCCUGGUUGUUCAAAAGAAGAUGCUUUUCGUGAGAAUACUGAUAAAAAAUUAUUAGACUCGUGGAAAAAUGUUUUAAUAAAAAUUCCAACUGUAUGGAAUGUUGAUGAACAAUAUAUGAAAAAUGCAACAAAAUAUGGUAUAGGAGAAAUUUAUCGACAAGUAAAAGAAUUAGAAAAAGCUGGUCAUACUGAAAAAGUAAAAGAAUUUCAUGAAAAAAUGAUUAAACAAUAUGGAGAAGAUGAUAUAAGUGUACGAAAAGGUCGAGAAAUCAUAUUUACAACAACAGGAUUAUUAAAAAGUCCACUUACAUGUGAAUUAUUAAGUAAAAUGAAAAAAUGUUGA